AUGUUGGACACACGGAAGUUGCCCAGACGCUCCAUGUCGCUCCAUGAUCGCAUUCACAAAAGUGAUGCAGAAGAUAAAGUUCUUUCAAAUGAUGAAACACCCCUUCCUACUUGCCCAAGGCAGCCACCGGAUGGAGUGGAAACUCCUUCAGAUGCAAUAGAUAAAGCUCCUGAUUUACCGUCAAGACUCCCGCCACGAUUACCAUCUAGCUGGGCCACGACACGUCCCAGAUAUUCUUACUUAUCAAGAACGCAAGAUGCUAGAAGUGAAGCCAGUGUCAAAGAUAAAAUUGCUAUGUUUUCGAAUGAUCUUGGAGCAUCUUCUGACCGCUUGGAUAAGUGUGGAACAUUACCAGUCAGAAACAAGACAGCGCUAAGAAAAAAUACAUCGUCUUACUUAAACAGUUUUUCUGAUGUAUCUUCUUUAGAUAGACGUUUAACUAAGUCCCAAGAUAACCUAGAUGAUACGCCUCGAUCUUAUAAAAGGCAUUCUGAUAGGCCCGAGGUUCUCGGAGCGCUUGAAACGAGUAGUACAGAAUUAAAAAGUAGGUUUUCGCAUACUGAGCUUACAAAAAUGCCCUUAUUUUAUGGAAGCACCACAACUUUACCGUCCUCUAUUGAUACAUCAUUUAGUCGUAAUGUAUAUCACACUAGAAGUAUAAGCGAUGAUGCUGGCAACAAAAAUGUGACUACUCACAAACUAGAACACAUUAUAGAACAGAGAAAAAAAUCUAUGUCUAAGUUGCGGGGCUUAGUGAUACCUGAAGUACAAACACCUAUUGUUGAUCUUCCAGAAAUUAAAGUUAAAGAUUCACUUUCCAAGCCGUUUAUUUUGAAGUCUAACCAAAAUAAUGUAUUGAAAAAGGAUAACUUGCUAAAUUCUAAACCCUUAUAUGUAAAUGAGACUAAAUGGAAAAAUAAUUUCUUAGCGAAUAAUAUACCGAAAUAUUCACCUGCUUUUAAACGAAAAUCGUUACAAGUGUACACACCAUCGACAUUUUCAAAAGAAUCUACACCAGAGCCUAAGAUAAAUGAUAAAAUAAACAUGCAGAGUAAAACAUAUUUUAAGCCAAACUUAUUCAAAUCGGCGAGAAAUACAUUAGAUUCCCCUAAUUUAACACAUUUAUCUACAAGAGAUUAUAACAACACUUUGGGUGACAUUCGAGAUUAUAAGAACGUAGAAAUUAAAAUAUGUACCGCCACUGAUAUUGUAGACAGUGACAACGAAUCAGCAAAGAGUUCAACGCAGUCUAGUUAUCGAUCUUCUGCCUCAUCGCCUAUGCACCACGUUGAUACUAUAGAAUCAGAUAGCUCUCGUCUCUCGCCACGAAUUUCACACUAUACGUCUUAUACCCUUGUCAAAUCCGAAAUUCCUUCUAAAUCUUCUAAUGCAGAGAAGAAUUGUGAGGAAUUCUUGAAGCGUAAGGUUUGCCGUUCAGUAUCAUCGGAUACUAAUAUAUCACUUAGUUCUUCGGCGGGUUCUGCAGCAACAUCUGGAUCUCAAGCAAGUUGCAGCUCACUUGAAAGUUCUGUUGCUGACUCAGAUAAGAAAAAAGUUUCAAGAUGUUAUAACGUAGAUACAAUAAAUAGGAGAAACAUCGUAGCUUCGGCCAAAUGCAGGAGCGGCAGAGAUGUUAACCUUAAAUCACCUGUUGUUGAAACAAAAUUUUGUCAUGAGUCUUAUAACGGAUCUCCCAGUCCACCACAGAAAUCGUCUGAACGUCUUUCUACACUCACAUCUUCGGUGAGUGCUAUAACGAAUAAAGGCGAAAACAGACGACGUAAUAAAGUAAUUGCUGAAAGUGAUUCUGAUACAGAUGAUGAAACUCUUGCCCGGCAACGAAAAACUGAAUAUAAAACUUCAAGACUGAAACGAAACUCGAGUACAUCUAGUAAAAAUAAGCACAAUGAUAGUAAUUUUGAAAAUUCGAAAGUUGAAGAUGGGACAAAGCUUUUACAAGAAAUAAAGAAAACAGGCCAAGAUAGUUAUAAGGAUACAAAAUCAAAUACAUUGCCUACAUAUAAACAAGAAAAAAGAAAUAAUGACCUUUUGCAAAGUAAAGAAACAGACAACGUUUUAAUAAGAAAUGGUUGUUGUGAUAAUAUUGGUGCUGUUGACAAUGUUAAACCAUCACCGUGUUACGAAAAGCCAAUUAACGUAAAUUUAAAAAAAGAAGUAAUCAAUGAUCAGAUAGAAAUCAGUUCUAACGAAGAACCCAAAACUUCUGUUAUACGACUUAGGAAAGGAGUUGGUUCAGGCGUAGGCUUAAUACUGGCUGGUGGAAUUGAUUGCGAAGCUAAAGAUGUUACGGUACAUCGGGUUUUAGCCGAUAGUAUAGCAGCAAAGGCAGGUCUCAAAAGGGGAGCAAAAGUUAGAAGUAUUAAUGGUUGCACAAUGACGGGUCUUACGCAUGCUCAAUCAGUCACUAUUCUUAAGGAGCAGCGUUCUGAAGUGGUUAUUGAAAUAGAUAAUGAAACUGCACCAAACGACAGUGGAACGGGAGGCGGCUCUGAAAAUGCGGAGUCGAGGGAUCGUCAGGAGACAGACGACAUAAAACUUAAAGACGAUAAAACCGACAGUGAUGUUGUGACAGUAAUUUUGGAAAAAGCUGGCGGUGGAACUGGGCUCGGUUUCGGCUUGGAUGGUGGUCGUGACUCGCCGCAUGGUGACAGACCUCUGACAAUUAAGAAGCUAUUUGCAGGUGGUGCGGCUGCACAGAGUGGUCGUAUUCUAGUCGGCGCGGAAUUGCUCUCCGCAGGUGGACAAUCCAUGGAGACAUUUACCCGUACCCAGGCUUGGGCAGCAUUGAAAUCUUUGCCUGCUGGUCCUGUAGCCUUAGUGCUGCGAAAUCCUACAGGCAAUGCCUAA